AGCUUCCUCCUCACUCCUCUUUUCCCCCUUCCCUCUCUCGCUACAUCAUCUCCUCAUUUAGUCGACUUGUUCUCACGUGAGCGGGAGCCAGAAAAUCUUGAGAGUCCCGAACUAAGCUUCAGCGAGGACAUGGCACAGGAGAAAAUGGACCUAGACUUGGAGCCGCUGCCGAGUUCAACCACCAUAGAGGACAACACCCUGAGGCGAUCCAGCAGCGCCCCUUUGAUCAAUGAGCUUAGGAAUGAUUCACAGGUGUUCCAACCUGACACAUUAAGAGCUAGAAGAAACAGUACAACAUUUGUGGGACAACCCUGUCUGGAAGAAGGCAUGGAUUUAGGGAAUAGAGAAACAAUACAUGAAUGGGAGGUACAAACUGCAAUACAGAUAACUCAGUCUUGGAAAGAAAGUUUGAACGUGGGUAACAACAAUUUAGAGAAAGCACCUUCUCCAGAGUGCUCUAACUUAACUCCAGCAUCCUCAGCAACUUUCCUGACUGGGAGAACAGGGAAGGUGAAAUGGUACUUGAACAUCAGCCAAAGAGAUUUUUCCAAGACACAACCAACGUGGUUUCUUCUGGUACUACUCACAUGUCUGAUAGUAAUACGUGUCUAUCUGCAGACACUCUUGAUGGAAACAACAGAAGUGCAGGAUCUUCUCAUAAUUCACCAUCUAAAAUCAGCACUGUCGCAAACUCUCAUGUGCUGCCAUCUGAUUCUAGUUCUCUCUUUACUCUAGCAGAUGAAUUUCCACCUAAGUGAUUCACUCCCAUGCCAAGAAUUUGUCACCAAUGGAGAAACACACAUGCACUUGCUUGCUUGA